AUGUCCCAGGUGGACGAUAACCCACAGCCUGAAGCAUCGUCCCAGAUCGAGCAGCCUGCUGCUGCAUCGUCCAUAGCGGUGCCAACGUCUGAUAUUGCUCGACAGAGGCGCAGAAUAGCUGAUCUGGAGGAGAAGCUGCAAGUGCUCGAGUCGGGGCAUGCGGUGAAACAAAGGGAAACAAACUACUUCAUGUCACAAGGACGGGCCAUCAGACGGAUGGUUACACUAUAUGAUAGCGUCGAGGACUUGAUAAAUGAAAAUGAUAGGCGGUGUGACAUAGAGGGCGACGACGACGAUGUAACUUUCGAUCAAAAUCGGUUGCAAACCGGAUAUAUAGUCCUCAAUAAUGUACUUCCGUGGUUUCACCGAAAGGCUUCCGACAUGGAGUACGAAGAUUAUACGCACAUGUUAAAAAAGCUUAGACAGGGUGCGGACGGUGCUCGAGGUGAUGACACUUCGAAGCUCAAGCCUCUUGUCCCUGAUUGGGUCAAUCGCGAGUGGAAACCUGAUCCCCCAGUCGACCCCAAAGAUAAACACUGCCGUGGAUUCACCAACGACGCCUGUGGCAGACUGCUCUGUCCAACAGAGCUAGACUGGAAUAACCCAAUUGUCAGAGCAGGAAUUAGGGACCGCAUAGACGGCCAUAUCGUGACAGAAAUGUCAUGGCCCGCAUUUCUUUAUGCAGGAUACACAGCCGAUCCGAAUAAUCUCGAGGAGGGUCUCUUCAAAAGCAAGCUUUUAGUUCAGGCAUUCAAAGCCAUAUUUACAUCUCCCUCUUCGGCAAAGGAAGUUGCUGGUGAUGGUGAUGGCGCCAACAUCAUCGAAAACAACAGACGCGCGAAGAAGGAUGUUUUGGGCAAGAAAGUCAAAACACACGUGGCUCAAAUCAUUAAAAUGCACAAAGUCUCACCUCGCUCGAUCGCUUAUGUGUCGUGUCAAGUAAGUGACGGCGACUUUGAUUACAUACAAUUCUGGUGCAAUAUCGUGGACUUCUUUGAACGCCCCCCUGGUCGAACAGUGCAGCGCAAUGUUGACCGACUUCUGACGUGGUGGACGAGGAAAGUUUUUGGUACAAGUCGUCGGGAGGAACUCAGUGAUGCGGCCAAGGCUCACAUGUCCGUAAAUGCUCUCGCAAUGCAGCGGGCACGAUUGGAUGAUGCACUUUUCAAUUCUGAGUAG